GAGGUCCAAACUUCAGAUGAUUCAGAUUGUGGUGAUGACAUUGACCCAAAGACGGGCAUGGAGCUUCUGAACCCAAACUUCAUCCAGGAAGUGGCUCCAGAGUUCUUGGUCCCACUGUCAGAUGUGGUAUGUGCAUUCGGAGAGACCGUAGUCCUCUGCUGUAAAGUCUCAGGACGGCCUAAACCUUCAGUCACUCUGAAGGGCCCUGACCAGAAUCCAGUGACCAACAACAGCCGCUUCACCAUAGACAUCAGGGAUACAGGUGACAUCUUGUUGAAAGUCUGUAAUCUGAUGCCUCAGGAUACAGGAAUCUACACCUGUGUUGCUGUUAAUGACCACGGCACUGCAUCCUCCUCUGCCUCCAUCAAAGUCCAAGGUAUCCCAGCAGCCCCAGUGAGACCUGUGGCUCAGGAGGCCAGCAGCACAGCGGUGAUGAUCCACUGGCUGCCCCCGGCUUCAUCUGCCCACUGUACUGUCAGCAGCUACACUGUGGAGUACAGACAGGAAGACUCGUUCCUGUGGCAGCAGGUGGCCAGCAGCAGGGAGGAAUGUGUGCAGAUCGACUCUCUGAUCCCCGGAGGUCACUAUCAGUUCAGAGUUCGGGCCUCCAACCGCUGGGGUGUCGGCCCACCAUCGGAGCCCUCAAAUAUGGUCACACUAGCCAGCAGCAACUCUGGCUGUGAUGGGACGGGCAUUCAUUGGAAGGAAAACUUUGAGUCAACCUUUACUGAGAUCUGUGAGAUUGGAAGGGGACGGUUCUCAGUGGUACGGAAGUGUGUCAACAGGUCCACUAAGAAAGAGGUGGCAGUGAAGUUUGUGAGCAAGAAGAUGCAGAAGAAGGAGCAAGUGGCUCAUGAGGCAGACAUUCUGCAAUAUGUCCAGAAUCACCAGCUGGUGUCAUUGUUGGACACCUACGAGUCUCCCUCCUGUCUGAUACUCGUCCUGGAGCUACUGGAGGAUGGCCGCUUGCUUGAUUAUCUGGUUGCCCACGAUGAGCUGAUGGAGGAGAAGGUGGCCUUCUUCAUCAGAGAAACACUGGAGGCCCUGGAGCACCUUCAUACCUGUAGAGUGGCACACCUAGACCUGAAGCCCGAGAACAUCAUGGUCAACCUCCAUUCUCCCAUGCCCAGUAUUAAGUUAAUCGAUUUUGGCGACACUGUCCAGUUGUCUGCCCACCGCCGAUACGUCCACCUCUUGCUCGGGAAUCCAGAGUUCGCUGCGCCUGAGCUGAUCCGUGGCGCUCCAGUCUCCGUGGCCACAGACAUGUGGAGCUUGGGUGUUCUGGCUUAUGUCAUGCUUAGUGGCGUUUCUCCGUUUCUGGACGAAUCACCAGAGGAAACCUGCAUCAACAUCUGCCGCCUAGACUUCUGCUUCCCAGAUGAAUACUUCUGCAAUGUGAGCCAGGUGGCGAGGGAUUUUGUGUCAUCAUUACUGCAGCAGGAUCCCAGGAAGCGGCCGAGUGCUACUUCCUGUCUCCAACAUCUGUGGGUGGGUCGUGGAGGUGGGGAGUACUCCAAGACACCACUGGACACGGCACGGUUGGCCACAUUUAUCGAUCGAAGGAGACAACUGCACGACGUUCGGCCCAUUAUGAACGUGAAAGGGCUGGUGAGCAGCGGCAUGGGAAACACACUGUGACGGGAUCUGAACUCCCACAGGAGCGUUUGAUUGUCUGUCUGUCAGUGUGUGCGUGGGACAGAUGUUUGGUGCUGAAUCCUUCCUGUGGUGCAAAAUGGAAUCUCUUGCUACUGCAGGACCACGAUCAGUCCCCUGUAGACCAAAACCUUAACCCCAGAAUAUUUAUUUAUUCUAUUACCUUGUUAUUUGUUCAUUUACCUAUUUCAGCAAUGACACAUGAAGUGGGUCAGGUAAACUGCCAAAACACCACAAGAACCCAAAGAAGUCAGCUGGACUAAGGUGGAACUGGAUGUGUUGGCUCCAGUUUACCGUCAUGUAACUAACUGUUGGGACUUUGCAGAGGUCUCUCGCUGAGCUGAGGCCCAGUGCCUGAGUGCUGCCUGUCGCUUAAUAGAGGGUCCUGCACAAAGUGCUGUUUGAACUGCAGGUAGUUGGACAGUUGCAGGAACAGUGACACACCGUGAUGAGCCUGUUUCUAGUAUAUUUGUAAUCAUUUCCUUUCAAGGACAGUGUCCUAAAAAUUAUAUUUGCAUAUCGAUAAACUGCAAUUACACUUUUGAAGGGAAAUAUAUUUCCCCACAGUUUACUCGAAUAUGCUGGUAUUCAAAAUAUCUUCUUCCUCUUCUCCAGUUUCUUUGUCACUUUUCUUUCUCCUGUUUUUACUCCUUUCAAGCAAAGGAUUACAGAUUACUACAGAGGUGGGAAAUAACAAAUACUCUGUAACAGUACUUAAGUAGGAUUUUCAGGUAUCUGUAUUUACUCCCUACAUUUUCAUAAAAGGCUCAUUACUUUAGCUUUGACACAUUUAAGGGGUAAUAUUAUUAUCAUUUCACAUCACUGCAGGCCCUCUGGAACAGAUUUGAACCUAAAUGUUGAGGACAGUAACAUCGACAACAAUCCUGUUACGACAAGAGGCAAAAAUAUAUCAGUUAUACAUCACACAUACAUUAAUAGCUCUACUCGGGGGCUAAAGUGGACCGCAACGAUCUAGAUACCAUGAGCUGCGAUGCACUUCAGCAUGUAGCUAGCACUACAGAAGAGGAAGUAACGAUGUUUUAACUGGCAGAUCAUUUUAAAUGUACCUUUAAACAACUCAACAAAUAUAAACACACAAAGUGUUUGUGUGCAGUGUGGACAGCAAGUACAGCUGCUUUGUUUCCCAGGGAGAGAAAUGAAUGCGUUCACUGAGAGAUGGAGAAAUGUGAAAAAACUAGAUUGGAAAUUACAUUUAAAUGUAGUUUUGAGUUUUUGGAUCCAUCCGUUUGUUUUCUCACACAUCUGCAAAACAAAUCAAAGGAUUCUGACUUUGUGUUAUUAAAAGGUUGCAUGAAAGAGCAGCUUAGUGCUGAGUCGGUUCAUCUACAGCACUGUGCUUAAGUUUAAAGUAGUGCACGAUGUUUGCCUGCUGCAGAGAACCUGUUGCGUUCAUGCUCACUGUUACAUCGGCUGAUGCUGGUUGGACUCCCUCACUGACUUCCAUCUUUGUGCUACAGAGGGAGUGUAAAACAGCCUUGUGAGUCUGUGUAAUCUCUGCUUACAUCUUGUUAAUUCAGUUGGUUAAAUUCACAAAGAGCGGUACAUUUUAGAGCAGCAGCAACACAAGUCAGUCGAUCACAGCCUGUAGACAAAAUGUACACAAUCAAAAUGAAUGGAGCUUAUGUUGGUUUCCCCCACACUCCAGCCGUACAACUGAUCUGAGAGUUUCACACCUGCCAAAUCCCACUUUAAUCCCCGACUAUGUUCUUGUACUAUUUAGGUGUUUCAGCAGUCACGAGGCUCAGUUUACAUUUCUGUGCAUUUUCACUUUUACUUGAGUUAAGAAGUUUAAUCAGCAGUUUGCAACACGAGUGUCCAUCGUUCUCCUAAAGUGACGACUGUCUGCGGUUUUGCCACCUCUGCAUAUUUGAUGACACAGUAUUUGUGACUCACUCAAGCUAGAAACUGAUAAAGUGUUACCGAAGCAUCUGUAAGGAUCUAAAACUUUAAGUAUGGACGAUGUUUGUUUGUUUUUCUAACAUGACUUCAUCACACAUGCAUCAGUAUGUUGUGUGAUGCUGUUACUUACAUGGAAAAGUCUCUCCACAAAGAAAAAUGAUGCGUAGAAUUAUAAUUUAUGGAGAAACUGUUACCUGUAGCUGUCGUAUAGGCCACAUGAAUAAGGACUGCACUUUUCUAUGAUCUACCUUUAAUUUAUUAAAUGUUUAUUUAUUUCAGGACUGAACUAAGGGUGGUGUAAUAUUUGCUCUGGGGACCUAGAGCAGUCCGUUUACUCGACACAUGGAGUUCAGAGGAUGCCUAAACCUACUGAACUAAACGAGUGUGACUGUACAGCUGUGUAGCAGCGGACUCUGACUGAACUGUAGUGAAUGUCCUGAACUACAAUAAACGUAGUUAAAAUGCAAACAUGUUGGCAUUACUUCAAGGAAGAUCAAACAGCGUCUGGAUCGCCUUCUUCUGUGGUACAUAUGGACGACUACCGGACGUUAGCAGGAUGCACCAUGGACACAGUUUGCAUCAGUGUUUACAGAUUCUUUGUCCAAAAAGUAGGUAGUUUACAGACUAGUAAAUACAAAUCAGGAAAGACCUGCAUGUAAAUCACCAGUAAUGGUUUAGAAAUCAGGUUACAAAACUGUCUGUUUCUGUAAGUAAAGCCUGUGACAUUUGGUGUGAAGGUGGGAAACUCCACCCUGAAAUCUUUUUUGUUGUAUGUUUGUUUACCAGUCACUGUGGUGAAUAACUGUAGUGGUUGGAUCUCAUUCAUUCAGCUUGUAAAUGUGCUCGUGCGGCUGCAGACCCUUUGGAUGAAGUGGCCGCUGUUCCUGGGAGGCAGACGUUUACUGAUGAAUGUACUUUCUUGUGGAAUGUGCUCUGUCGUCUGCUUUCACCCACUCACCACACUCCCCGUUUUUCAUCCUCAAUCUUCCUCUAAGCAUUUAGUGUCAAACAACAGCAAAGCUCAUGUUCAUGCUUGGAUACUAAAUGGUCCACAGGAAGGGAAUUCGUCUUUAGAAGCAACUUUCAUAUCGGACGUCUGGUAAAAUAUUACCAAGUGUCUGUCACUGCAGCUGCAAUCGAUUCAGGUGUGUCCGAGUGCUGUUUUUCUUUUUUUACCACUCUCUCUUUCUAGUAGAGAUUCUUGCUGUCUUAUUGUGGACUUGUUGGUCUUGUUCAUUAUUUGAACUAAAAAUAGCUGACGAUGAUCAGACGAAAACUGCAGACUUCCCCAGUUUUUUUGACCUCUCAUGCAAAAUAAAUCAAUCAAUGAAGAAAA